GUUGCGUCUCUGGGUUUAGAAACUGUAGUUAUACAGUAACUUAUAACUCCUCCUGUUUUCUAACAGGAACAUACUGAAGCAGGAACAAGAAAAGUGAAACCUUUUUUACUGAACCAGCAAGCAAGAAGGCAGCUCUAAACAGACUAAAAUGUAUCUAUUCAGCCUGUUGUUUGGCUUUUUGGUGCUCCCGUAUCAAGCUUGCUUAGCAUGCUCUCCCAUCAAGAAAAUGUACAGGUUCUGUGAAGAUUUGAAGACGGGAGAUGAAUAUGUGUACCAAUAUGAAACUCCGGCUGGAUCUGAAAUUGAGGUGUACUCCAACAAUGGUGCUUUCCCACAGACUUCAAUAGCCUACCGUGGAUUGAACAAGCCUUUUGAGGCUAAUGUUUCUGAUAAAGUGAUAGGAGUGAACAACAGUGCUAUCAUCCUCUCUGAAUGCCUGAAUCUGACAUUCAAAUUCUUUCAUGUUCCCCAGGGCAUGUUUGAGGAGUGCCAUUUGCAUUACAUUGUUGCAGAGAGGGGGCAUGAGGCUGUGACAACUCCACCUAUCAAUCCGACUGACAAUCCGACUGACACCUCCGCUGACACAUCAGGAAAUGGAGACAAAGCCAAAGCCACUAGCAACACAAAGGAAAUCACUACUGGUGUUAGCUUGGCUCUGCUGCUGGGCAUUGCUGGUUUCUUAGUGUACAGAUGUGGCUACAUUCCUUGGAGAGACAAACAGCCGGUCCAAGGACUGAACUUUGUUUUUCAUUUGUUCAUCACACAUCACACCAGGCUUGCUCUUGCACAGCUAGUUCGGCUGGAUCGGGACUACCUUAACACCAACAGGGAAAACCAGAGGGACAACGGAGAUCCUGAUGAUCCAGCUGCUGAGGAUGCUGAGUCUCUCCGAUCUGUGCUUGUCGUUGGCAGGGACCAUGGGGAUGGGGUGGAAGAGGAGAGGGACCCAACACACGGUCAGGAGACACAUGUUGAGUCCUCUCUGCUGAAUGGGCAUCUUGUGAACAGUCAAGGCGAGGGGAUCGUGCAGCCAAUGGGCAGUGAGGGAACAGACACUGCAUUCUCUCAGAAGAGACUUGCUGGAUUUCCUCUGGUGAAUGGAAACCAUAAGGCCAGUGUUAACCCUGAUGAUCACCCUGGUAUUGGCCAGACUGAUGACGCACAACCUCUGGGUCAACCUCAGAGCAAUGGACACGUGCCAUAUAGAAGGGUUAACGACGAGACUAAGGAACUGACUCCUAAUGGACUGAGUCCAGGACCUCCUCAGAUGAAUGGAGGAGGACCUCUGCUGUCUGACAGGGUUGGAGAACAGCCCUGUGGGUCAGCAGAUGAAGAAAACUGCUCUGGUGAACAAGCAGGACCAGGUCUGGUCAACAAUGGCGUGAAGCCAGUUGAAAAUGUAUAAUAUAUAUAUAUAUAUAUUAGAACAUAUAACAUGAAACUGUCUAAAUAUAAUAAAAUAUAACAUAAUAUACAUAGUAAUAUAAAACAGUAUAAGAUAAUAUGACAUUAUAUAAUAUCGUAACACUUACUUGAAGCUGCUUCUUGUAUAGUGUUGUAUAUUCUUAUGAAUGCAUUCUUAACAACAUGAAUGAUGCAUUAAUGCAUUCACAGGACAUAACUGUAUACUAAAAUGUAAGUAUAAUACUGCACUGGUAAGCUGCUAGCUGUGGGGUUGCCCCCAGCUGUACUAUUAUUCAGAGUGCCCAUGCUAAACUGUGGUUCAAAUCCAUUGCUUUUAGUUAGUUUAGUUGUUUCAGUAAACUAGCACUUCUUAGAGACAAAGUUAUUCUGAAGUGUAAGUCAGGUUUUUAUGUAACAAUUGUUAAUCCCUUUUUUUUGUGUGAUAUAUUUGUUUGCUUUUAUUUUAUUUUAUUGCUUUUUGAUUGAAUUAGUAUUACUAAUGCUUCAAUGACCAUUCAUUAUUUUACCCUCCCGUAUAGAGGGAUAUUCUGUUAGUGACUAAAACAUUUUCCAUUAUUUGUAUCCAAAAUAUAUGCAAUUAUAAAAUAUAUAUUCCUUCUCAUACCGCAUGCUGUAUUUUCUUCAAAUAUAAAUGGAGCAGAGAGACACCCUUUAGGAGCGGAAGACAAUCU